GGCGGGAUCCGAGGAGGAGAAGGGAGCUGCGAGCAGAGCAGCGAGCAGGCGGCAGGCGCGGUCUGCGCGAGGAGCAGGCGAGCGGGAAGGCGAGACGCAGCCACCUUCCUCACCAGCCAGCCCACAGCGGUUUGUUCCCAACCUCGGGAGUGCGCCAAUGCCCGGGCCGACCCAAACCCUGUCCCCAAAUGGCGAGAACAACAACGACAUCAUCCAGGAUAACGGGACCAUCAUUCCUUUCCGGAAGCACACAGUGCGCGGGGAGCGUUCCUACAGUUGGGGAAUGGCAGUCAAUGUGUAUUCUACCUCGAUAACCCAAGAGACUAUGAGCAGACAUGACAUCAUUGCCUGGGUUAAUGACAUAGUAUCUUUAAACUACACGAAAGUGGAACAGCUUUGUUCAGGAGCAGCCUACUGCCAGUUCAUGGACAUGCUCUUUCCUGGCUGCAUUAGUUUGAAGAAAGUAAAAUUUCAAGCGAAGUUGGAACAUGAGUACAUUCACAAUUUUAAGCUUCUGCAAGCAUCGUUUAAGCGAAUGAAUGUUGAUAAGGUAAUUCCAGUGGAAAAGCUCGUGAAAGGGCGUUUCCAGGACAACCUGGAUUUUAUUCAGUGGUUUAAGAAGUUCUAUGAUGCCAACUACGAUGGCAAGGAGUAUGACCCCGUAGAAGCACGACAAGGGCAAGAUGCAAUUCCUCCUCCCGACCCUGGCGAACAGAUCUUCAACCUGCCCAAGAAGUCUCACCAUGCAAACUCCCCGACAGCAGGUGCGGCUAAAUCAAGUCCAGCAUCUAAACCAGGAUCCACACCUUCUCGUCCCUCAUCAGCCAAAAGGGCUUCAUCCAGCAGCUCAGCAUCCAAAUCUGAUAAAGAUUUAGAAACACAGGUCAUACAGCUUAAUGAACAGGUACAUUCGUUAAAACUUGCCCUUGAAGGCGUGGAAAAGGAAAGGGAUUUCUACUUCGGAAAGUUGAGGGAGAUUGAGCUCCUCUGCCAGGAACACGGGCAAGAAAACGAUGACCUCGUGCAGCGACUCAUGGAAGUCCUCUACGCUUCGGAAGAACACGAGGGCCACCCGGAGGAGCCGGAAGCAGAGGAGCAAGUCCACGAACAGCAGCCCCAGCAGCAGGAAGAGUACUGAACCGUCUCAGCAGCUCUCCACACUUCCGUUUUGGUGGGAACUUUUCUUCUGGAGAAUUGGAACACAUGUGGCCUCAAGCUCAUCAGAAACCAGUUGUUCCCAGCCUGCUGUUCCAUCACUGCGCCGGCACCCAUGCCAGCCACUGCGCUCGGUUCCCAUUUCCUUCGCCAAGACACACUAGCUGCGGCCCUGGGCAGCCUCCCCAAGACAUCACGGGGUCACAUACCUUCAACUUCACCACUUGGCUGCUUGAGAUCGGUUCUGCUCUUUGCAUUUCUUUCCAGAACAACUGUCCCCACCCCCACCCCACCCCACCCCCUUUUUAUCCUGGUGUGAAACAAUGGUAAUUUGAUAUAUGGUAUUUAUAUUGGCAUUUCUCAACCCAGUGUCACUAGAUGUCACACACAUUUGUGGUGCUUUGAUGUUUGCAAGUCUAACCUCUGAACAUAAAUUUGGUCAAAUAAUAAAUUGGAACAAAGGGAAAGAGAUACUUGAUAUGAAAGCCAUAUGACAGUGACUUAUUUCACGGGGAAAAACACCGAGUCAGUUUCUCCCUCUACUCACAAACGAAAGGGAAAAAAAAAAAGGAAUCAAAACUAGGACUUCAGGGCCCAGCAGUGUUCAGACAUCAGCAUGUUAGACAACCACACAGUAUGUUGUUAGUUUUGAAAGACAUUCACUCAAGGAAAACACCAUCUCGACUUGGCCCUCUAACUGCUUGCCCUUUCCCUCGCCUCCCCCGACCCAGAUUCUCAUGCUGUUUUCUUUCUCAGGGUCCUCUUUGGUGGGGAGCCACUCUCCCCAAAAGCUGUCAUCAGUUGUCUGCAGUCAGAGGGGGUCUGCAUGGGCACAGGUCCUCCUGCCUCCUCGUGUGGGUUUCAGCCCAAAUCCUCUCAUCCACACUAGGGGAUUCCUACUAAAGAAUGACUUCAGGGUGUGCAGCCCCGGGCGGCAGGGUCCUGCAUCAUGCUGCACACUUGCUGGAAGGCUGGGAGUGAAGACUUUAUGAAUAGGAGCGUAAGCCCAAGGGAGAAUCCUGGUUCUGAAGUCUGGUGUUGACACUGGAAUGACGGCACAGGAAAAUCUGACUCCCAAUGCCUUCUGGAAUAAAGAAUUCCCCCUCUUCAAUACUAUGGCCCUCCUUGUCAUUGACCUUCGCUAAAUUGUGGCAAUUCAUAAACAGAGGAAACAUUAAUGAAUUAAAAGCAUUCCUUAUUUUUUUUAACUAAUAUUUGCACAUUUUCUUAGUAUCUUUCCAAAUCUUUGCCUCUUCCCCACCCCACCCUUUGACAGAUGGUUUCCCUUCCUGGAUCAUUCAUUUCACUCGGUUUCUAACUUUAGAUUUUCUUUCACUUGUUAUUUGACUUAGCAGGUGCAACAAAAACAGCAAACAAGUGUGCCCACCCCACUUUCCUCUUAAUUGAAAAGCUUAAAAUAAAUUUCUGAAUUAUGUAUCAUAAAGCUUUGACAUUUCUUUAUUAACUGAUGAAAUACUAAUUCUAAAUUCUAGCAUUGAAGCUUUCCACCAAAAGAAGUCUUCUCAAAAUAAAUCUUUUGUGGCAGAGUGGUAUUUAUUGAGUAACAUGUGAAAAAGAUUGCUUGUAUUUUUGAGGUUAUUACAGGACACUGUGCAGAACUGGACAGAUGUUUCAUGGGGUUUGGUUUCCCUUUCUUCUCUCUCCUGCUUGCUCUGCGCUACAGCGGCAGCUCGUUUCUCUCAGGCUGGAAUACGGCCUGGCUCUCGGCGGUGACAUCCUCCCACACCUGGUCGCAGGGAGUGGUCGUGCUAUACGCAGCAUCGUGCUUAACAGUGUGUCGUCCCCACCCCCACCAAGCCUGUUGCACUCACUGAGUUUCCUUCUUUCUAAAUAGCUCUUGUAAAGAGGCACAAUAAAUAAUUCCAUGCAGGUGAUCCUUCAGUGGUUCCUGGGCAGUUCUUUGCUUGCCUUGGACAUGUCAGUAAUACCCAGUGCCAGGUGGGUCAGGAACCACACUCCCAUCAUGUGGAUGCACAUGAUUACUGGGUAACGUGCAUAAGCCUCACCAGUGACGCUCAGCCACUCUGUUCCUCCCCAAAUCCCCAACUUUCUCAGCUAUAAACAUACUGGCCAGAUAGCUGGCAGAGACAACUUUCGCCAGUCAUCCUACUUCCUUCUCCUUCCCGGAGUCUUGGGGCAGACUAUUCAUUUAUUUAGAGAGGAGCUAUAUACUUCUCUUUCUGUCAACAUCUGAAACGUCUUCCAUUGCCCUGCAUCGCAUGGGACAUCACUGAUGCUUUGGGGAAUCUUUGACAGCUAAGCAUCCUGGUCCUCUUCGGCUGCACCCCAGCUUCUGUGCAGACCACCUCUCAUUUCCCAGGACUGCUCCUUUCUCCCUGAUGGCUUUACCCCAUCAUUCUCUCAUCUCGGCAGCCAGCGCGUGCUUUCCUCCCUCUAUGGACCCCGUCAUGCGUCGUCAUGCUGGGCCGAGAAGCAGCCCCUGGUGUGUGCCCUGCUUCUCCCUCUCAGAAGCCAGACUUCGGUCUUGGAGUCCCCUUCACACCCGCCGCAGCUGGUUAUAGUACUUCCACUGCUCAUAUCAGGUAGGAAGUGAUUGAAGCAGGGGGUAAAGAGAAAAGAGCAGAAAAGCAGAAAAAGAAAAGACAAAGACACACCCUGUUGACCCGAGAGAAGUAAACUCCAGAAGGGAACCAAGAACUCCUCCCUUCCCUGGUGAGUAUUUCCAUUAUUCCGUUAAGGUUUAAUAUGCAUUCAAAUUACUUUUACUAAAUAGUACACCAUAAAGCUUUUGUUAUAUAUUAAAUGUAAACUGAAAGGAAUGUAAACAUAUGUAUUGUUAAUUAUAAAUAUAGAUAAGUAAUGACAUAAUAGAUGAAAAAGUCUUACUCAGAUGUAUCACAUUCAUUUUACAUUACCCACCUACUGUCGCAUGGUAGAAUAGUUUUUUGUCUCUGAAUAUGUGAAUAACUUGACUUGCAUUUAUCUUUUUACAUAUUUAAUUAAAAAAAAAGGUAUAUGUUAAAAUUG